AACAAUCAAUUAAAGUCUUUUUGCAAAGUGAUAAUAAAAAUUAAAAAACGAAAAAAAAAUAAUAAUAAUUAAUAUACAAAACAUAAAAACUAAAAAUUAAAAAGGAAAAAGCAUUCAUCCAGACAAAUGAAUAAGAAAUUAUUAGUUGUCCUUUUCGGAUUCCUCGCUUUGGCUGCUGCUACCAACCAAAGUGAAGAAGAAGGUUCUUACACCAUCGAUCAAGCUGCAAAUCUUUUAAAUGACUUACUUGCAGAUUCUCAACAAAAUUUGAGCGAUCUCCAAGCUGCAUGGGCCAAUAAGGAACCUCUUUUACAAGGUGUUAUUGCUGGACUUGAAAGCGAUCUUGCCAACAAGUAAGCUGAAUGCGCUGAUCUCUAAGGUACCCUUGAUGCUGAUUAAGCUUCCCUCGAUGAAGCUGAAGCAUACGUUGCCUGGUUAUAAGACAGAAUUGCUGCUAACCAUAAGCAAAUUGACGACUUACUCAACAGAAGAUGUCAACAAAACGGUAACUACAUUGAAGGUCUUAAGAACGACAAGCUCGCUCUUGCUCUCUUAUAAUUCCUUGAAGCCUAAAUUCAAAACAAGGAAUCCUUCUCUUUCCUCCAAAAGAAGAACUUCAUGAAGAAACUCACCCGUUUCUUGAGCAUCUACAAAACUGGUAACUAUUAAUAACUCGCUCUCCUUGAAAAGGAAUACGUUAACGCUGAUGACUACUCAGUUAAUCCCGACUACUCUACUGGUGACAGAACUGCUGACGAAAUCGGAUCUGGUCACAUUGAUAACGACAAGGGUGAUAUCGAUGUUGCUGACUUCUAAGAAGGUGAAAGAAAGGGAUGGUACUAAGUCAAAUAAGAAUUAUUAGACCUCUUACACAACUUAGAAUAAACUAUUGAAGCCAAGAUCUAAUAAGCUUAAGAAGAUGAAGUUAACUCCAACUCCGCUGCUGCUGACUUCAAGAGCAAACUUGAACACGAAAUCCAAGUCUAUGAAAGAGAACUUGCUAAGUGGUAAUAAACCGUUGCUGCUUUGACUGCCACCGUUGCUUAAGACCACGAAAACGUUAACAACUGUCACUCCUAAGAAGCUGCCAUCCAAGCUAACCUCGAUGCUGCUAAUUAAGACUAUGCCAAUGAAAAGGCUACCUUCGAACACAAGCAAGCCAACUUACAAGAAGAAAUCGAAAUCUUCAUUGAAGUUAUUGCUUACUAUGACGAUAACGUCCAAAAUGCCGGUGAAGACUUAAAGGAAAGAGUCGAAGAUUAUAGUGAUGGUAACUUCGAUGAUGCCGCCACCUACGAAAAUAGAUAAGUCCCCAAUAUUGACUUCAUUAACUGA